AAGCCGUACGAAUGCAGCUCGGGCGCGGGAAGUUGCAACAGUCGCUUAAAUAAGCACAGGCGCACACCCGCCCAGCAUCAGUAACGAAACGACCCAGCCGACAGCAAGUCUUCGGGGAUCUGGAUUGCAACCGUAACAGUAAUAACCGCGUGCAGUAUGGAUUUUGUUUUCAGAGCGUUCUUUUUGCAGUUCCUGCUAUUCGGACUGCUGGUGCCACACGUACGACCGCAAACCGGAGGAACCGACUGCCAUGGCAAGGACUACCUGUGUCUGGACGAUGUGCGAUUUCAACUUUGUGUAGAUUAUGGUGAUGGGAAACCGACGACCGUUACCGAUGAGGUGCAGGUCUGCCCGCAGGGAACGUUCUGCAGCAACAGUGGACACUUCGAGUGCGACUCGUUCGUGCCACCGUCAACCACGGCGGAACCUCACGUUAACGUAGAUGAUAAUGCUACGGCACAGCCAGAAACGGAAGAAAGCGCAACGAAUGCGCCAGAAGUAGAGGUGGAGGAUGCACCUUUGCCUGCUGAAGAAGUGGAUGCCCCAGCAAGCAACCCUACGGCUACGGAGGGAACCACAAAUGAUGAGGACGCACCGGCAAAUCCCGAACCAGUCGAAGAGGAAGCCACAACGGUGGUAGAUGCGCCUGCAGAAGAAUCUUCUACCGCAGCCGUUGAAGCGGAGACUAACGAAGUUCCGGCAGAAGAAGAAGCAGAAGAAGAAGAAGCUGCAGUUCCAUCGGAAGGCACCGAAUUACCGGAACAACCGUCGGAAACAACCGUAGCAUCGGAGACGGUUCAACCCACCGAGGAGCCAACAUCGGUGCCCGAAGAAGAAACGGUCGAAACAACGACCGCGCAAUCAAACGCUCCGGAAGGCGAAGCAACGACGGUGGCACCAGCCGAACCGGAAGUAACCAAUCCUCCGGCAGAGGAAUCAACGACGCCAGCCGACGAAGAGACGACGGUUGCCCAGGAGACCGAACAAGAAUCAGUUGCAACGGAUGCACCCGAGGCAGAAGUUGGCGAAAACACGGAAUCGGUUGUAACGACCGAAGAGACGGUGGGUUCGGAAUCCGACCCAACGGAAGCGGUAGAACAAUCGUCCACGGAUGCAUCGGAAGCCGUCACGACGGAGGAAAGUUUGCCAUCGGAACAAUCAACGGAGGGUGUUGCUUCGGAGACUGAAGAAUCUCAGGACUCAUCAACGACCGCAUCUGCAUCGGAUGCCCCUGAGCAGGAGGAAACGGACGCCCCCGUGGAAAAUGGUAGCGAGGCACCGGAGUCAACCGAUCUUCCAGCUGCCGAGGAAACAUCCGAGCCCUCAGUAGUUCCAGAAGUGUCAGAAUCGACCUCCGAACCGUCGUCCGAGCCAGAGGCUACCGAAUCGACCGUUUCAAGUUCCGAACCAUCAACGGAACAAGAGGCUGUAGAUACAACGCUUGCUCCAGAAACACCUGAACCCACCACCACCGUGUCUGAGGAGCCAGAAACUCCCGAAUCGAGCAGUGUUAGUGAGGAACCGGCGGAGACGACGGCAUCGGUCACUGAGAGCGAAACCACUUCAACUCCCAGCGACGAAGAAACCUCAUCGUCCGAUCCUAACAACAGCGAGUCCGGCUCGAACGAAGGAUCCUCGUCCCAGGACUCCACGGAAGCCCCAUCCGCCGAAUCUGGUUCCGACUCGAACGAAAGCAACCCAGUCGCACCGCAAGCACCGGGUUCCAGCCCGUUCGUGUGUCCUGCUGCCGGUCGCUUUGCAAACCCUACCGACUGUCACAAGUACUACGUUUGCUUCUGGCUGCCGUUCGGACUGUACAGUCUCGAGCAGAACUGUCUGACCGGGUACGCGUACAACCCGACGCUGGAACGGUGUACGGCCGACCAGAGCGUUUGCUUCCCGGGCGAGUUUACGUGCAUGGGACCGGGUCGCUUCCCGGAUCCGACCGAUCCGACCCAGUACUUCUGGUGCGUGUGGAACAUGUUCGGCGGCUACCUGCAGUACAAGAUGCAGUGCCCGCUGGGACAGGUGUUUAACCCGUUCCGUGGACGUUGUGCGUUUGUUGUAGCGGGCCGCGCCCUUCCGUUCGACGAUAUGCUGGACGAAGAAGAGACCGUUGCCGAGGAGUUGUCAACCCAAGCGGCUGUGGAGGAUGUUCUACCGGUGGAACCCGUUGCUCCGGUGGAAGAACAACCGAAGCUGAAGGUCAAGUUCCAAUGUCUGGAAGAGGGCACGUUUGCCGAUCCGAACAACUGUGGCCGUUAUUUCGUGUGCACCCUCAAGAAGCUGGACAAGUUCAAGAAGAGCAAGUUCAAGUGCGCUGCCGGCGAACGCUUCGAUCCGCUGGUGAGCAUGUGCGUUCCGGAUGAGGAUGCCCUGUGCGAGUAAUCUCCAGGAACCUCAAAGAAUCUCAAGCUAGUGGCUAGUUAGAAGCAGAGUGUAACAGGAAUCGUUUCGUACGCAAAUAAACUAUUUAUCGAUAAAUUAUCAUUUCUGGCAAGUUAGAAAAACA